UGUCUGGGUUACCCCUUCUGGCUGUGACUGAACUGCAAAAUAGCUUGUUGCUUGUGCAACACGAUAGCCUUACUGUAAAGUAGUUAGUUGUGAGAAAAAGUAAUUUCUGCCAUACCGAUUUUCUAUUUUUAUUUUCCGACCAGAAUGUUUGCAACUCGAUAUUACCUUUCCUGAUAGUAGUUCCGCGUGGGCCGUUGGAAGUCUCUUGCCUGCGCGCGGUGACAAGUACAUCUGCAUGCGACAGAUCGUCGACAGAAAGUGCCUUGUCAGACAUCCCUACUUGAGCUGCCUGCCUGCACGUCACCUCCACCAAGCAUGCAACAUUCCCUCCCUCGCUGUGACAGAAGAUAGCUCAACCUCAGCCGCUGCCCUACAAACUCAUCUUUAUCUGGCUCCGUCGCUGCGCUGCCUCAGAAACCCAAGCAGAAAUAUUUAACUGCAGCGGUUGGGGGAACUGGCUGGACUCUCUGCCAAAACAGAGUGCUGACUGACCCAUUCGGAGAAGUUUAGUCAAUACCCAACCCACCAUCUGCACAAAUUUAUAUUCUCGCCCAAGCAGUGCCAUCACCCUCGAAAUAGCACCAGUUUCAAUUAUCUUCCCCACCCCUUCCCCCUUUCUUCCCACUACCACCACAUUCGGACGGUCCUUCAGUCCACCCUGCCUCUGAGCAUGCCCCCGUUGACCUGUCAGUGGCCUGCACCUGGGACUAACUGAUUGACGAGCGACGUCUCUUGAUUGACAGCUUCUCUGAUAGCCGCCAUCUCCCAAGCUGCGCCCACAUCCAGGUUGCAAGUCCACCAACUCUGCUGCUCUGAAGUCCGCAAGGGCAAACGACUUUCACUGACCCACACAGUUUUUUUGCUACACUUUUAGUAGUUUUUUUAGCACACUGAAGAGCCAUUAGAGUAUAGCGUCUCCUUAAACAAGUGGCUAGCUUUACCCCACCCCGGCAUUGCUAUGGCUUUAAAUAUUGCUUCGAUGCGAGACACAAAAUGGCUGACGCUGGAGGUGUGCCGACAGUUCCAGAGGGGGACAUGUUCGCGGAGUGACGAGGAAUGCAAAUUUGCGCACCCGCCCAAAAGCUGCCAGGUGGAGAACGGAAGGGUGAUUGCCUGCUUUGACUCGCUAAAGGGCCGAUGUACACGGGAGAACUGCAAAUACCUCCACCCCCCGGCCCACCUGAAGACCCAGCUGGAGAUCAACGGCCGCAACAACCUCAUACAACAGAAGACUGCAGCAGCCAUGUUGGCUCAACAGAUGCCUUUCAUGUUCCCUGGCACGACCAUGCAGCCUACCAUGCAGUCGUUUCCUAUUAGCCAGGGGCUGGGCUCCAGCCCGGGGCUGAGCUACGCUCCCUACCUGACCCACAUGACCCACAGCAUGGGCAUGAUGCCCACCGAGAUGCUCCAGCCCAGCACCCAGAGUAUCAUCGUCCCCGGCAGCCCUCCCUGCUCCAUGCAGAGCUCCUCCUCCAACCAGAAGCUUCUACGCACGGACAAGCUGGAGGUGUGCCGGGAGUUCCAGCGGGGCAACUGCGCCCGUGGCGAGACGGACUGCCGCUUCGCACACCCCAGUGACAGCCCUAUGAUUGACACUAGCGAUAACACGGUGACCGUGUGCAUGGACUACAUCAAGUCACGUUGCUCCCGGGAGAAGUGCAAGUACUUCCACCCGCCGGCCCACCUGCAGGCCAAGAUCAAGGCUGCGCAGCAUCAGGCCAACCAGACGGCCGUGGCCGCGCAAGCUGCUGCCAUGACUCAGUCGACUGCCAAAGCAAUGAAGCGACCCCUCGAGGCAACUGUAGAACUGGCGUUCCCCCACGGCUGCCUGCAGCCCCUACCAAAGAGACCAGCACUUGAGAAGAGCAACGGGGCCAGCUCGCUCUUUCACCCCAGUAUGUUGCACUACCAGCAGGCCUUGGCCAACGCACAGCUGCAGCAGCAGACAGCUUUCUGUGGCUUUCCCACUGGGUCAGUCUUGUGCAUGACUCCAGCUAGCAGCCUUGUACCCAUGAUGUACAGUGCUACGCCUGCUACUAUCUCUGCAACAACAACUCCUGUCACAAGUGUCCCCUACGCAGCAGCAGCGCCAGCCAAUCAGAUCAUCCUGAAGUAACUGUCAGGAAGGAAAUGGAGUGUCAAGAAGCUGCACUACAAAGCCCAAAACAGCCCUUUUUCUGUACAUACUACCUUCCCCUUCAACAACCUGCAUGCUAAGAGUGUAAUACUACCAAUUAACCAUAAGACUUGAGUGCUGGUGUAAGAUGAUACACACAACAAAAAUAUGUAAAUGUAUUGCUAGGAAACUAUUGCCAUGAAAAUUAUGACAAAAAAGAAUAUGUACUGAACUACAUACACUUAGUGGAGAGAUGGCGAAUAGUUCAUUUUAACGAUUGUUUUCUCUGUUAAAGUAAUAUGGGUCCUUUUUUAUAUUUUGUUUUCAAAACAGAACCUCGAUCUGCACAAAUGUUCACCCUUUGAAAACACCUUAUUUGCACUAUAAGAGAACUAGUGCUUAUUGUCAAAAGUGCUUCAUUGUUUUAAACAGGAGAGUCACAGAGAAGCCCCUGGUUGCAACUGGCGCUCCAGAUCAAGCUAGAAGGGAUCGUUUUACUUUUUGUUUGUUUUAAUUAUUUUUAAAAGACAAAUGUUAGGGAAGACGACAUGUUUACUCAAUGACUGUCCUCUUAAUGAUGGUUUGAACGCGUUCCCCCACCCCAUCACCACCACCCCUUUAAAAUGGUGUAUGCACUCCAUAUGAACCAUUUGCCAACAUUUAAUCUCUGGAAAACCAACGGCUUGCCAAACGAAAGUCAUCACGACUGACAGACUAACGGACAGAAGCGAUCGGAGUCGAUCUGCAAGGGAACAGACGUGGAACAGCUUCGUGGCCAAAACGUGCAGUCGGGCCUCGUUUUUGUGCACGUCUGGAAAAAAAGAACCUAGAAUUUCGAUUUCUUCUCCUUCGUUAAAUUUCAAUUUUACAUUUGGGUGUGUGUGUGUGUGUGUGUGUGUGUGUGUGUGUGUGUGUGUGUGUGUGUGUGUGUGUGUGUGUGUGUGUGUGUGUGUGUGUGUGUGUGUGUGUGUGUGUGUGUGUGUGUGUGUGUGUGUGUGGUUGGGUGGAAGCCUUAGAGGGGUCGGUGUUGGGGAGAGUUAUACUGGGCAUCAGGGAGUGCUACUAGCCUAUAUGGCCCCGGUUUGUGUGCCAAGGGCUUAACAAAAGCUUGCGGGUGGCCGAAAGCAUACGGCGGGAGAGAGCCUCAGCCUAAUGGGCCAAGCCAUGGAUUCUGCCAGCAGACUGGAACAGACCGACUCGACUAAGUCCACCAGAGGCCCUAAAGUCAAGACCACAGGGACGAGGCCUUUUGGGGAGUGGGGCUAGAAGGAGGGAUAAGGGUGAGAUCGGCGAGGGGUGAAACAAGUGCUACGACUCAAAAAGGUGCAUUCAAAGAUGCUAGUCAUCGUCGUGAGAUGACGUGAAGUUAUUGACUGGAGGGCUAUCUGUGACUCAGUCGUCACCCUGCUAUCACCGAGAAUCCUGUUUCUAUUUGAGAAAAACUGUAGAAGUGCCUAAAAAUCCUUUAACUUUAAAACAACAAGCAUCUGGAGAAACAUUGUCAAAGAAAAAAAUAAGAAUAUAUUAAAGGAUGGUUCAAGCAAAGUUCCCAAUAGUAUGUUGACCUAUUUAGAGAAAAGACUAUUCACUUUUCAUGCAGAUGCCAUGGUUAAAGCAGUACCCUAGUGUUAUUGUAAACAUAUAUUUAACACAACAAAAAAUAACUUUCUGAAUAGAAAAUAUAUAUAAACUAACCAAGAUAGCUUGGUAGAAUGUUUGUUAAACAUUUUCAUGAUGUAAUGUUUUGUUCUUACCAUAGGUUUUUAGUAGUGUACAUUGAAAAAAGUGAUUGAGAAUACAGGAAAUUGUGACUUGUGUAAUGUAUGUAAUGUGUUUCUUUGAGAGUUUAUAAUCAUGGUUGUAGCAGCAAUGUAUUCACAUUUAUUUCAAUUUGUUUUAUGAUGUUAAGCAUCAAAAUAAGUGUGUCACCAGAACAGUCUGUUAUUUUAUGCCAUGCUAUAGUUAAUUGUGUACUAGCAUUGUUUUAAACCAACCUCCACGUUAUUACCUAAUGGUUUAUGAGAUGUGUAUUUCGACUCUAAAUCACAUUUUUCGACACUACACAACCAAUUAUUUUCCUUGUGUUCAACAAAAAGGAUCAGAAUCAUGACAUAUUUUCAUGGCGCUUGAUCAACAGACAAUCCACAAUGAGACACCUUUGGUUCAAAAAUAAGGCACUGGUCUUAGUAUUUUGUUUUUUGUUUAUUUUUGUUCACUUUCACUGAGAUUUUCUUCUAAAAGGUUACAGUUUUAAUGUAAUUUUUGGUGGAAGGUGAACGAAGGUAUUUUUUGGUAACUUAUCGUAUUUUAAUGUUUUGUCAAAUGAGUCAGAAUGAUGUAACCUAUUCAAUUUUGAAAUGAAUGUAAUUUAUUGCGCUGUGCAUACCUACAAGGUCGUGUCUCUUUGGUCAGCCAAUGAGAUGCAGAUCAGAAGCAAGGGGGUGGAGUCUUAAAAAGCCACCAAUAGAAAGCUACUGGAUCUCCCUUGUCUUGUCAACACAGUUCAUCGCAUUACAGUAAUGAACAAGGCUUUAGAAUUGCUUAUUGUUCAACAAAAAAAAAGAAAAUAAGAAUGUUAAUUGUAUAGGUGAAAUUUUACCAAAAAAAUGAUUUAAAUAUGUACUUUUCACUCUAGUAUUUCAUAAUAUUAAGUUGUUGCUGUGGCAACAAAGUUGCAAUUACUAAAGUUCUGUAUUUUUGUAAACUAUGUAAUCAUUAAGUUGACUUUUUUUCUAGAACACUGCACACAUCACUAGAUUGUAAAGCAGAUUUCAACAUUUCUUAUUUGUCGUGAUUAUGACAAUUUUCCUUAGCAGCCUCUGUAAAGGUGUAACUUUAACACUUAAGAUGUAAUAGACAAAGUUACCAAUGUUAUUUAGGAUGAAAUUAUAACAAAUGAUCUAUUAAUUGAAUAGUUAAGAUGUACAACUUUUCCCCUGAGAAAGGACCACUGGUUUCAUGCACACCAAUGGAAAAAUAUUUAUGAAUGUAGUUUGUUAAAUUGUUUAUCAUCAGUUAAGGAUUGCACUUCCGGUAAAGUAAAACAUUUCAUUAUUACCGAUGCCAUACCUAAUGAAAUUUGCAAAGUUACUCUACACCAGUAAUUCUGUAUAAUAGUCACUACCUGUUUGUAUCAGAGAAAUAACCUUUGAGCAUCUUGCAUGGAAAAAAGUUUUUAUUAAUAAACAAUUUACUGAAUGUUUCUAGUUAUACCGAAAAACACAAAAGAUAGUCUGCACAUGAGACAAAAAUCCAAGUUGUUCUUGGAUUGAAAUUAAAUGUGUUGACAUUGACUGACGGUAAGAGAAAAAUAUACAAGCACUUGGGUCAGCUGAGCAGACAGCUUAUCCAAACACUUUGCCUUAUCGUUAGUCCAUCGUGCUUAAGGUUUUAUGUUCCAGAGCUGUUAAAAAUAAACUUUUAAAGGCUAUAAACUAGUCUCUACUGAAGACGUUUACGUUUUAUAUAUAAUAUAUAUAUAUAUAUACACACACACACACACUAAAAGUUUGCGGUAACUUAGAAAUGUCCUUGUUUUUCAAAGAAAAAAAAGCGGGAGGCCCCGGUGUACAACUAAGAAAGA